AUGGCUUGGGUAUGGGGCGAUGCUGGUGUUGUUCCAGUUCCAGCUCCAGUAGCUGAGUCGGCCCUAUGUCGGCACUCAGGUUUCUGGGGCACAGCGUGGUGUUUGAUCUAUCAAACCAUGGCCCUUCUGACAGAUGUGACCUGCUUCCUCUACUCUUUGCUUCCCGGAUUUUCCACUGGGAAAUCCCAUGGGAAACCCCACUGGACACAGAUCUUCUUGCGUUGCACCGUCUCGGAAUUUCUGGAGCUUUAUCCGCAACAUGCGUCGCUGCUGCCGGAUACCUUCAGUUUUUACGCCUUGCUCUUGUGGAUUUUCGCGCUUCUGUUGCUCUCUCGGCAGUUGCUCCUGAGUCUUCGGCGGGGGCUCCGGCGAAGCCCUGAGGUCUUGUUCUUCCCGGAUCCCUCAGGCGUACACGUGCGACACCUGUGCCACUUGCUGCGGCAAAGUCAGAAGAGGAUGUGGAUCGCCAUGUUUACCCUGACGGAUGAUGUUCUGAGCCAAGAAAUCCUGAAUGCUUGGGAGCGCAAGGUGGAUGUGAAGGUGAUCUUGGAUGAUGAGCAAUAUGCAGUUCUAGGAGCGGAUGGUGCCAGGUUGGUUGAGAAAGGUGUUCCUGUGGUGCUGGAUGCACAUGAAGCCCGGAUGCAUCACAAAUUCGCAGUUCUGGAUGAUUGUGUAGUGACCGGAAGUUUCAACUGGACCAAGCAGGCCAGUAUGAGCAACUGGGAGAAUUUGUGCAUUUUAAGAGACCCCUUGGCCGUUUCACCCUUUGCCAUGGAGUUUCAGAAGCUCUGGCGAGCCUUCACGGACCGCACGGACCGCGGCCUCCGGGGUCGGGACAUUCGGAUGCCAUCCCCCAAAGGGGCGGUGCACCGGAAACGCUAUGGAACACCACCGCGGUCCCAGCAACACGGCGAAUGGCAACGCUCCGUCGAAUCCAUGCUACGCAGCAUCGAGCAGCAGCUGUCCACGGCAUCCACGGUUAUGACUGAGGCGCCGGUGGAAACGCUGGACGCACCGGAAGUGCGGAGGCAUGGAGAAUUGGUCGAGCUUGGGCAGGAUGAUAGUCGCAAAGCACAAUCGACUUUUAGUCUGUCUCCCAAGAAAUUCUUCAGCCAACUGGAACGCAGUGAGCGCUACAAGAGGGCGAAACAUUUGCAUUCCAAGAAAGUUGCUGCACUUCAUCCUCUCCUGCGGUCGAAGAAGACGGUGCAACAAUGUCCUGCCGGGCCUUUGCGAAAGCUUCUAUCGGAUUUGAUCCCGAAAACCGAGGCCACACCAAAUCUAUCUCCACUGGAGAAAGCGCGAAAAUGCACAGCUGACAUUGCCAGCUCUCCCUGGUUUGAGUUUGCUGCAGGCUUAGUGAUUUUCUUGAAUUUGAUUGUCAUUGGCUUUGAAGCUCAGCUCUCGUUGUUCAAAGAUGACGCAUAUGAAGCUGGAUGGCUUGAUGGAUUGGAACGAAUGUUUCUGUGCAUCUAUUGCGCCGAAGCCAUGUUCCGUGCCUUUAGUUUUGGUUGGCAGAUCGUAUGGGACCCAUGGUUUGUCUUGGAUUUGACGUUAGUUGCCCUGGGUUUAUUGGCGUUGGUUUUGGUGCCAAUGCUGACCAUCGGCAACGUGGGCAACAUGCCUGCAAUUAAAAAGCUUUUUGCGGUGCGAAGCUUGCGCUUGCUUCGCCUGAUGAGGGUCUUGCGGAUGCUGCGUCACUUCAAAAUCAUUUGGCGUUUGGUCAUCGGUUUCCUGACAGCCUGGGAUACCAUCUUUGCAGCUACAGCGCUAUUGUUGACAACGCUCUUCAUUUUUUCCUGUGCCGCAGUCGAAUUCAUCGCAAAAGAUGGUGAUUUGGUUCACGGUGACACCACGCAGCAGAUCGUUUCAGAGCAUUUUCUGGGACUGGGCCGAUGUAUGCUCACAUUGAUGCAGUUUGUAACCUUGGAUGGUCUGAGAGAUGUGUAUUUCCCACUGGUCUUGGAAAAACCUUGGCUCGCAGUGUACUUUUUUGUUGUUCUCCUGGUGGUUUCCGUGGGACUUCUGAAUUUGGUGACCGCCUGUUUCGUUGAAAAUGCCAUGGACAACGCCGCAAUUACUGCUCAGGAAGAGCGAUCUUUGUUGAAGCAGAAGGUGCGUGGAGCCUUGCCUUCGCUCAUCAGCCUGUUUCAAGAACUUGAUGUAGAUGGCAGCGGGCUUUUAACGCAUAAAGAGGUAGAUCAUGUUCCAGUGGACAUUCUACCGCCGCGAGUUUUGGAUUCCGUCUAUGUGGAUAGCAUGAGCGACAUCUUUGAUCUGCUGGAUGUGAACGAAUGCGGCUUUCUUACUCAGAUGGAAUUUGUGGAAGGUUUGUUGAACCUAUGUUUGUUGGAUACGCCCGUGGCAACUAUGCAGAACUUCAAGCUGCUGAAGAUUAUUCACGAUCAACUGGGGCGCAUUGAGUACUUGGUUUCCAAUGUUUCCCAAGAUCAUCAUGCGGACGAUCAGGCUAACGAUGAUGUUCUUUGCAGCUUUGCGAUGUAA